UCACCUCCCCAGUGAAGUGCAGCGUGGGCUCCCAGGGACACUUAAGGCACCUUCAUCUGCUGCUCCCCAGCUGGCUCUCACCUGCUGCAGUGCCUUUGCUUUUCACUGUCUGCCCAGCUGCCACUGGUAACUCCCAGAAGCAGGAUGACCCCUCUGGUGCCUGGGUCCUCAGCGCCCAGCAGGAGGCCUGGCCCGGGGGAGGCAGAGACUCAGCACAAGUUGAUCAAUGGGUCUCAGCUUAGCCCCUCCUGGGAAGUCCUGACCAGGUCCAAAGUCCUUCCAUGGCCCACUACUCUCUAAGGGCUCAUCUCCUGGCCCUCAGUCACCCCUCUAGCCUCACCUCCCCCCAAUUUCUCCGCACUCCAACUGCCUAAGCCAUUGGCCUCCUUGUGAUUCCUCAGAAGUGCCAGGAGUGCUCCCCCCUCAGGGCCUUUCCACUUGCAGUUUCUUCUGUACGAACUCUCUCCUUCCUUAUACUUAAUGGGAUCCUCUCUCACUGAAUUCAGGCAUCUGCUCAAAUGACACCUUCUCGGGAGAGGCCUGCCCUGACCUAAAGUAGCUUCUUCCCACCUAUCACUUCCCCUGCCCACUUUACUUUAUCUUUGUAGUGCUUCCUACUACCUGACUUUCAGGAAGUCCCCUCCACACCCCAGGCCGUGAAGAAGAGGAGUCAAGAACUACCCCAAGGUUCUGUUCUGAGCAGCUGCAAGGACAGAGUCAGCUGACAUGGGGGAAGACAUAGGAGGGGCGGUCUGGAAGGAACUAAGAGUGCUGUGAAUGUCCAGGCCAGGUGGCUCACGCCUGUAGUCUCAGCUGCAUAGGAGGCUGAGGCGGGAGGAUCGCUUGAGCCCAGGAAUUGAAGGCCAGCCUGGGCAACACAGCCAGACCCCGACUCUAAAGCAAACAAAAAAGAGAGUACUAUAUAUAAAUGAGUGUGAAUGAACAAAAGUGAACAAAUGAAUCAUUGAGAACUUUCUUUCCCUGAAAGUGUGGAACAAAAGGCCUGUACAGCGCCUUACGUUCCUUGGGUCAGUACUGCAAAGCCCUCUCAGAAAAGGAGGUAGCGGUUCCUUUAAGAGAACCCGUUAAGCCCCGCCCAUAGGGGGGCCACGUGCCCUAAGCUGAGCGCUGGGGGCGGAGUCGGGGCGGUUUGAAAGUCUGGCGCGGGAGCGGCGGUUCGGCUUGCCACUGGGAUGUCGGUGUUGAGGCCACUGGACAAGCUGCCCGGCCUGAACACGGCCACCAUCUUGCUGGUGGGCGCGGAGGAUGCUCUUCUGCAGCUGCUAGCGGACUCGAUGCUCAAGGAGGACUGCGUCUCCCAGCUGAAGGUCCUCCAGAACACAGAGGAGUCCCUGCGCCAUGUGGACAGCAGCUUUUUCUUGGGGAAGGUGUGCUUCCUCGCCACAGGUGCUGGGCAGGAGAACCACUGCAUCAUUCACCGGCACACCGUUGUGAAGCUGGCCCACACCUACCAAAGCCCUCUGCUCUUCUGUGACUUAGAGGUGGAAGGCUUCCGAGCCACCAUGGCGCAGCGCCUGGUACGCAUGCUGCAGAUCUGCGCUGGCCACAUGCCCGGUGUCUCAGCCCUGAAUCUGCUGUCCCUGCUGAGGAGCUCUGAGAGCCCCUCCCUUGAGGACCUAUGAGGGCCACUGGCCCCUGGGCUGCCCCUCCUCACAGCCUGGUGCCAGCUCCAUAAACGUUUGCUGUUGGUGAAGACCAGUCAGGGCUCAACAGGCGCUGGUCACCAGCCGGUGGUCUUGCAGGCUCCAGCAGGGAGUGCUGGGCAGGGUGGGGGGAGCCCAGCUGGUGGCACUGCAGCCCCCGCCACACGCACGCCUGCGGAGCCCUGUGUCUAUAACUAUCUGACACAUCACAUCUCCACUUAAGAUUUCAUUUGAACAAAGGGUCCGUGGCUUAAAGAAAAGUUUGAAAAUCACUGGUCUCCUCUACCACUUGGACGUUGCGGGUGAGGAAACUGGCUCGGGACGAGUAAGAGUGGGCGAGCAGGGAGCACGGACUCCUGAGCCCAGUGUGACUCACAACCUGGUCUGCUGUUACAGAGCCUCGCGUUGCCUCUCGGAGCUUCAGUUUCCCCAGGCGUAAACGAAGAUGGUUCUGCUCGUUGUGAGGGUCCAGUGAAACGACUGGUGAAGAGCCUGAGGCCGUGUGACUCCCUGCGCUUGUUUGUGUGUUUGCGACUUGCAUAAUGCAGUGUGUUGGCGCCUUGCACGGUGCCAGGCAGGCACCCAGUGAACAGUCACUAUUUGAAAUCACACAGAGCAGAGUUCAAAAACUGGUGCAAAUUGGGAAUUUACACCAGUUUUUGCAGAAGCUUCAGAAGUUUACGAAGUGAGAGAGCACUAGAGGGCUGGGUUUUGGGUUGGUGGUCAGAGACUGUGUGGCGAUGAUUGCUUUCCUUCUUUGAGUCUGAUGGGAAAUUUAUAGAAGUGUUGAAAGCAGACUCCAGGAAUCCCAUCAGCCAGGUCAAGGCUCCGUGCCACUGUGCGGAGGCGGGCUCGGCAUGUGAGGGGUCUGGUGGGAGAGACCCAGGAACAGCCAGGUCCUGACUCCCUCGGAGCAUAGCAGUGCCCUCGGCACCCCCAUGCUGCCGGAGCCUGGGCCUGCCCUCCACCUCAGGCCUCAGGAUGGUCCCUGCUUGAAGCCCUGGGCAGUGCCAGCACCGCAGGGCUCUGCCUUGGCGUCACCACCACAGCCAGGGGGUGUGCUCUUGGCUGAGGGUGGGCCGACUGAUGCCUCCUUGUAGGUGUCAUGGGGAUGGGGCCCUGUCUGCCUCCCUUCCGCAGGUACCUUCCAGAGCGCAGCCCGGGGCCCCGCCCCUAGUGCUCAGCAGGGGUUUGUAGACACCUGGCUGGCUGCGGCAGCCCCAUGGGCCCCGCUGAGGACCUCAGCUGCAUGGAUUCCGGUUGAGGCCCCACAUGUCAUCUGACAUUUGCAGGGCACUUCAUGCUUCACAGAGCUCUUCUCACACAGCAGUAGCUCCUGUCGCCGCCUGGCAGACCUGUGAGGUUGAUGAUGUUUCCCCAUUUCACAGUUCAUGACACUGAGACCACUGUCAUCAGUGGUGUAUCCUCAGUCACACAGCUAAUUGGUGGCAGAACCAGCCCUGGCCCUCUGCUUUCCAGUUGUCUUCCUGUGUGUCUAAUUGUUGAGUAAAGGUCUGGGCAUCUCCACCGGGCAGGCCCCGAGCUGGGAACACAGAAGGUGGAGACGGGCUUUGCACCUGAGAGAGCAGCAGUCUACAAGCGCAGUCUCUUAAAGCCGUGGUCCUCGGCAUGGGACCACCGGGACGCAGUUAGCACUAUGGGGAGGGCUCAGGAGUAGCAGGUAGGCAAAGAGCAGAGGCCUCACCACAGGAGGGGGACAGGGACAGGUGUGGUCAUGAGCAGGCCUUUGGCUAGUAGCAAGGAACUCCCUUGGGCAUUUGGUCAGGGUGGAAGGAUGAGGCUGGCAGAGAGAGGUGGAGGUUUGUGUUGGUCCCUUAAGGGGUGGGUGGUAGCAGAGGUCCAGAGAAUGCCAGCCCUCCCAGAGUGCACAGGGCUUCUAGAAACAGACAUUAUCUCCGUUCCCCUCAGUAUCCUGGGCCACAAAGGGUGGGGCCUUACAGGCGGGUGGGCGGUAGGGUAGGUCUUUGGGAGGCUGGAGUGUGGUGUCUGUGCAGGGGAGGGGGGCAGUGUGGAUACAGCCUGCCACCUCCUCUGGGCCUGUCACUUUCCUGGAGACAAAGGGAGGCCUUCCCCUCACCCCUCACUCCCCAGCCAGCAUGGGGCACACCUCUCUCUCCCAGGUCCCUGUGCCACAUUUUCUUUGCCACCUGGUACCAUUUAACAAGAGAAGCGGCAUCACAUUCUCCAGCCAAGGAUCUGGGAGCCUUCCAAGCGCUGGGGGAACAUGAUGCCGUCACUGCUGCCAGCUCCCAGCCGAGCUUGGCAGGGGCCCUAGAACCAAGAGGCCGCCCUCUGGGGUUGGGGGCUGGCCUGCCCCUGAUCACAGAGCUCAGCAGAGCUGAGCCACACUUCAGUGGCAGUCAGGUGCCCUCUCAGACUUGCUGUCCCUGGAAGGCUAGGGGUGGGUGGCAGGCAGUGUGUUGCUGCACACCAUCUGGAGGCCAGUGACAGUGUCCGGGAGGAUGUGACUGAGGGCAGUGAUGGAAGGCCAGUCUAUGCCUGAUGAGUGCCUGGAGUUGGUGCCUGGCACGGUGGCGGGCGCAGGGAGACGGGAGAGGCCAGGCUUAGCUGCUUACUGAAGACAUGACCUUUGGCAGGUCACUUGCCCUCGAGGAGCCGCACAGACCCUUGUCUAUAGAAUGGGGUCAGGCCAGCUAAUGCCUUUCUCCCCAGCUGACAGUGAUGAAGCCAUUAUUUUACAUAUUUUUUUUUUUUGAGACAGAGUCUCACUUU